AUGAUCGAACUAAAACUACUGCAUAUAUCCCUGAUUUUAUGCUUUUUCUUCAACACCCAUGGCGUGCAGUUUGUAGAGCAGAGCGAGAUACAGUGGACAGAUCCUGAAUCUUUGAUCGAUUGCUUAGAGGAUGGGAGAUAUCUUUGCCUGGUCUACGUCGCUUCGAAUCUUUGCAAAAACUGCCCUCAAAUGAACGAAAUCAUGACAAUUGCAGACUACAAAAUUCGAUACGUAGACUCCUGGAGAAAGAACAUUGCGGAUGAGAUAAAAAUCUCACACGUCAAUUGCAACCUGGACAAAGAAUUCGAGAGCCUUGUUCCGGAAUGUGCAGAUUUCAACAUUGAUUUGCCGAGAAUGACUCUUUACGAAAAACUUCCGCAAGAUGAAGUAAUUGCGAAUGACACUAUUACUCGUGCACAAAGGGAACAACGGCCGUUUGAUUCCGAACAGAUCAACAAUUUUGUCGCUAAGACUGCAAUUCCUCGCUUCAAUGGGAAUUACGGGGAAGUCGACAGAAACGAUCUUGUAGAAAAAUUGCUUCGAGGGAUGUCGAAUGCAAGAAGCUUAUUUGAGCCAUCUGGAAACAAAGUGCAGACUUUUAUUGGCUCGAAUCCGUACUGGAACUUCGAGGACACAUACAUUCUCGGAAACGAUCUUGUUGAGAAAACCAGUAAAAGGCAUGUGCUCCCUAAAAAGGCACCAUCGGAAAAAGACUACACGAAACGAACCGUCAGAGAAGUUUAUCACUCGGCGAUUCGCUCCGCACAGUCAUUUCCUACUUGCCAAGGGAAUUCAUACGGGCCCAACUCCGUAUUCGAUCGAAAAACGGAAAAAGAACUUCAAAGUACUACUGGAUGUUGGUCGGCAAAACUGCGAGAGAGUGGAAAGUACGAAUGCAUAAUCGAAAAUCCCCAAUGCGUCGAACUCAGCUGCAACCCCACGUACAUGACGGUAAAGGUCAGAAAAGACGCUUUUGAAAAUCCUGGCGUUGUUGAUUCCAAUGGUAAGGCGGCAACAUUCAUUCUCAAUAACGCGACAAGAAUCAACGAAAUGGACUCUUCUUUGAAUGAGUGCACGGUAGAGGCGCAUAACGGUACAAUCAAUCCGAAACCAAAUGGUCCUAAAAUGAAAACUCUGGACAUAUACAAUCAAUUCCUACAAUUCGACAUUCCCUUGGACGACUGUGGAAUGGAAAUGAUCGUCUCAGACAAACAAAUCAGCUUCUUGAUGUCGAUUGACCUUGAAAAACCAACUCCCGAAGGGGAUUUUAUUCAGAACUUCCAUCUCAGCCAUAGGUUGAGUUUUAUGUGCUCGUUCUCAAACGAAGUUCGCGUCUAUAAACGAACAAGAGAACUUGGGGGUAGAAACAUUGGAAUGAUCGUCACACGUGACUUCAGCAAUGGUCUUUUUGAAGAAAGCUCGAGAUUCGAAACGCGACCGGAGAUUGUGAUCUAUGAAACGGCUGCAUUUAAGAAACAAGUAGACUUACAAGACACCAGCAGGUCAAUGUCUAUUGGGAGGAAUAUAUAUUUCAAAAUAGUCUGGGAUAUUGGAUUGACUCUUGCUUCCCCAGUGGUGUUUUAUGCCCAGAAUUGCCGAGUAUCUGAGCGAGAUGUACCGGACCCAAAAUACUAUGACAUCGUUUGGAACGGGCGAGGAAGCCGACUUACAAGUACCAAGUUGCGAUCGCCUAGUGUUUUCGCAAAGCGUGAGCUUCGAUUUUCGUUUAGAUCGUUUGUCUUCAACCAGGGAAUAGAAGAAUACAACAUGGACAUUUCUUGCAACAUUAACUUUUGCGUCGAGUCUUCAAUGCACACUAACAAAUGCAGAUAUACCAAGACAAUCAACGCUGAGCCGGAUGACUAUUACGAAGAAUUUGAGCCUUUUCCAGAGCAAUAA